AGGUUGAAGCGCCCGCCUGCCAGCCGCUAAACGAGCCGCGUGACUGCGGAUGGAGGGCCCGGCAGAGCUCGGCCCCGAGGCGGUGCUGCGCUUCCUCGCGGACCGCGGGGGCCGGGUCCGGCGCUCGGAGCUGGUGCAGCACUUCUCGGGCGUCCUGGGCAGCGAGCCGGAGCAGCGCGCCCGCUUCAAGGAACUGGUCAACGCCGUGGCCACCGUGAGAACCGACCCCGACGACGGUUCCAAGUAUGUGCACCUCAAGAGAAAGUUUUGUGAAAGCCCACCGUCGCCCAAGGCCGUCCCCCGCCGGGACCUGCCCCGCGUCUCGGCGAGCACAGAGGCUGAGUCCCGCGGCGGCGCCCUAGAGAGGACCAACGGCCCGGCGAAGGGCCAGGAGAGUGGCCUCUGCCCCGAGGUGGCGUCGCCGGUGGCGCCCUCCCCGGGCCCGGUCUGCGAGCCCGGCGAUGGGGAGCUCUCCGCUGCCGCUCUUGGGCCGACCAGCUUGACGGACGACAGCCAGAGCGGGCCGCCCCUAAACGGCGGGGCCCGUAGGAGGAACUCGCGGCGCGGCGCUCAGCCUGUGGCCCGGGGACCGACCCUCGCGACCAGCGAGGACCUGGAGGCGCAGCCCCACGGGUGCGAGGAGGCGGAAGGGGGAAGUUCUUCUGGGGGGACCACCAUCCCGAGGUCUACUCGCCAGAACCUCCGGGAUCUUGUGAUGGGCAGCUCCCCGCAGCUGAAGAGGAGCGUCUGUACUUGGGGCAGCAGCGCCGGGGGUUUCUCUGGGGGAGGACGCGGCAAAGGCGGGGCCGACUCGGACAGCACUUCCGUUGCUUCGUCGUUGGCAGAGGAGGAGAGCAGCAGCGGGGGCUCGGUGACGCUGGACCCUUUGGAACACGCCUGGAUGCUCUCGGCCUCGGAGUGCAAGUGGGACAGCCUAGAAACGUUGCUCACCUGUGAGCCCGGCCUGCUGGCUAAGCGGGACUUCAUCACCGGCUUCACUUGCUUGCACUGGGCCGCCAAGCACGGCCGGCAGGAGCUCCUGGCCAUGCUAGUCAACUUCGCCAACAAACACCAGCUGCCAGUGAACAUCAACGCCCGCACAAGUGGAGGCUACACUGCCCUGCACUUGGCAGCCAUGCAUGGGCACGUGGAGGUGGUGAAGUUGCUGGUGGGGGCCUACGACGCAGAUGUGGACGUCAGGGACUACAGUGGGAAAAAGGCCUCGCAGUACCUGAGUCAGAGCAUCGCCGAGGAAAUCAAGAACCUAGUGGGAGCCCUGGACGAAGACGACGGGGAGAGCGCCGUGGGCAGCGCGGGUGGGCGCUGGAGGUUUUCAAAGGUGCUCCCUUCGCACCUCAUCACCUACAAACUCUCGCAUGUCCUGGAGGAUGGAGGAGAUCCUCACCACCACCACCACCACCACCACCACCACCACCACCACCACCACCACCACCUGGCUGAGGGAUGGACUGGAGGCAAAGGAAAGGACCCAGGUCGCAAAGCUGCAGGAAGCUCUAGUGGGCGAAUAAAACCUAGACUCAACAAAAUCCACUUUCGAACCCAGAUCAUACACACCACACCCUCUUUCAGAGACCCGGAGCAGCCACUGGAGGAAGGGGAGCAGGAAGAAGAGGAUCGGUCUCUUAAAGGCCACCUACCCUCGUUCAAAUUGAGACCGAAGUCCAAUGUUUUUGGGUAAAAAUAUAUUUUUUAGAAAAUUAUAAGUUUUAUUUGUCUUGCGAAAUAGAAUCUUGGGUGUAAGCAGGUGAGACUAGAAAAGACUUAGGCUAAAUUAUGCAUUCUUACUUGGGGGGUUGGAAUGGGUCUGAAACAUUUCCCCCUAGUAUUUGGGAUGAAGUCGUUUUUCCAAGUGGUUCAUCAAACCUUAACUUUUCCCCAUGCCUCUUUUCCCCAUGCCAACCCUCUGCCCUGGAGUCCCCGUUUAUGAGGACUAAAAAUAUAUCUAAAAUUGGGGUACAGAAUUGAUGACUGAGGCUUUCUUUGAUUUAACCAUUAUUGGAUGCCAUGCAAAGUAAGGAAUAUUGCACUUUUGUGUAUAUGUUUUUGAAAGUAGUUACUAUUCCAAAAACAACAAGAAAUGCAAAUUAUAAUGAAAAUUAGUAUUUAAGUGUGAACAAAGCUACAUACUGCCCUGUAGUUUUAUUAAUUGCAUUUGCUUUUUAAGAUACUACAGAAGGUUAGGUAAGAGUUGAAAUGCAAAAAUACUAAUUAGAGAAUGAUGUGAAUAAAAAUGGGGAUCCUGUUGGUAUCCUAUUUGUAUUAUAAGAAGUGUUUAAUUAUUUUUUAAAAAGUAAUUUCAGAUUUAAUCACAACUCAAAAAUUAGGCAACACUCGCUUUUGCGUAAAUCUGUAGUAUGUUUUCCUCUUAACUAUCUCGUACCAC